AUGUUGCCCUUAGGUCUCCUAACGGCUGCACAAGGCCACCCAAUGCUGGUGGAACUCAAGAACGGCGAGACACUCAACGGCCAUCUCGUCAAUUGCGACAACUGGAUGAACCUCACCUUGAAGGAGGUCGUUCAAACCACGCCGGAAGGUGACCGCUUUUUCAGACUACCAGAGGUCUACGUGAGGGGUAACAAUAUAAAAUAUCUCCGAGUGCCCGAAGAAAUCCUCGACAUCGUCAAGGAACAACAGCAGAACCAAUCUUCCGGUCGUGGCGGUCGUGGCGGACGAGGAGAUGGUAAAGAGAGAGGCCGUGGCGGACGAGGUGGCCGUGGCCGUGGCCGUGGUCGCGGUGGUUGA